CGGGAAUGUCAGGACUCCUCCCAGGCCCCCCGCACUUGAAAGGCAGGGUCUGGACCCCGCCCUGGCCCCAAGCACUGGGUCCAAGGUUCUGUGGCUCAGUCCCCCGCGGAGCCGACCGCUGGCGCGAUGGUGGCCGUCUGGCUGGUGCACGUCUGGCAGAAGCUGCUGCUCUGGGGCGCGCUCAGCGCCGUUUCCCUGGCGGGCGCCACCCUCAUCCUGAGCUUCCUGCAGAUGAUGGCGACCUACGCGCAUAACUGGCUGCAAAUGAGGCCCAUGCCCACCAUUCCCUUCGCCUACCCCUUCCUGGGACACGCGCUAAUCCUGGAGCGAGGAGGGAAAGAGUUUUUCCAGCAGAUGAUUUAUUACACAGGACGCAACAGACAUGUGCCAAUGGUAAAGGCCUGGCUUGGCACAGUACCAGUAAUAGCCAUGUUUAAGGCCGAAACUGUAGAGGCAAUUUUAACUAGCUCAAAGCAAAUUGACAAGUCUUAUCUGUACACAUUCCUACAACCAUGGCUUGGCCUAGGACUUCUUACCAGUACUGGAAACAAAUGGCGCUCCAGGAGAAAAAUGUUAACACCCACUUUCCAUUUUACCAUUCUGGAAGAUUUCUUAGAUGUCAUGAAUGAACAAGCCAACAUAUUAGUUAAUAAGCUUGAAAAACAUGUUGACGGAGAAAAAUUUAACUGCUUUUCUUACAUCACUCUCUGUGCCUUAGAUAUAAUCUGUGAGACAGCUAUGGGCAAGAAUAUUGAUGCUCAGACUAAUGAUGAUUCUGAGUAUGUUCGUGCAGUUUAUAGGAUGAGUGAUUUGAUACAUCGAAGAAUGAAGACGAUUUGGUUCUGGCAUGACGUUUUGUACCUUUUGUUUAAAGAAGGAUGGGACCACAGAAGGAACCUAAAGAUCUUACAUAAUUUUACCACCAAUGUCAUCAAGGAACGGGCCAAUGAAAUAAAGAGAGAUGAAGAAGGUAAAAGUGAUGGCAAAGGCACGACCCUCUCCAAGAGAAAACGCAAGGCUUUUCUCGACCUGCUUUUAAAUGUGAUGGAUGAUGAAGGGAAUAAGCUAAGCCUUGAGGCAAUUCGAGAAGAAGUGGACACUUUCAUGUUUGAGGGCCAUGACACAACUGCAGCUGGAAUAAACUGGGCCUUGUACCUACUGGGUUGCUAUCCAGAAGUCCAGAAAACAUUGGACAAUGAACUGGACGAAGUGUUUGGGAAUUCUGAUCGCCCUGUUACCUUAGAAGACCUGAAGAAACUUAAAUAUCUCGAGUGUGUUAUUAAGGAGACCCUUCGUAUUUUUCCUUCUGUGCCUGUAAUUGCCCGUGGUCUUAAUGAAGAUUGUGAUGUUGGGGGGUACAACGUCGUGAAAGGCUCUCAAAUACUCAUCAUUCCCUACGCACUGCAUAGAGACCCGAAGUACUUCCCAGACCCUGAGGAGUUCAAGCCAGAGCGGUUCUUUCCUGAGAAUUCGGUGGGACGCCAUCCAUAUGCAUAUGUGCCCUUCUCUGCUGGACCCAGAAACUGUAUAGGUCAAAGGUUUGCCAUGAUGGAAGAAAAGGUCGUUCUUUCAUGGAUCCUGAGGCAUUUUUGGGUAGAAUCCAACCAGAAAAGAGAAGAACUUGUUCUGGCAGGAGACCUGGUUCUUCGUCCUCUUAAUGGCAUCUGGAUCAAGUUGAAGAGGAGAAACAUAGAUGCAUCCUAACUCCAUUAUUGGGCUGUGCCAUAGUAGGAAUAAGGUCUUUGUUUAAGAAAAACUUUGCAUUUACAAUGUGUAGAUCAUGAGUUUAAUACUCUGAAUCCCUACACCUAUUUUUUUUUACCCCACUUACAAUGGGGUCAAGUCUAUCAAAGGAAGAGUUUUUAUAUUUUCAUCACCACCAUUAUCUUACCCUUGGUCAUGAUCCCAAACGGUGAGUUAACUGAUGUCCGUACCCAAAUAAACAUAUACAUUUCUCAA